AUGGAUGUGUAUGUAGACGAAAGUGAAUUAAAGAAGACUAGCUAUGAAACGCUGACCGCUUCCAAUGAGAAAGAAGACCCUACAGUUGAAAAAGAAGAGAGCAAGCAGCUUGGAAAAACCAAAAAUUUUCUCGAUGACGAUGAGAUUAUAGCAAAUAUUAUCCUCUUCUUCCUAGCUGGUUUUGAAACCACCUCAUCCGCCUUGGUGCACACUCUGUUUCACCUUGCGCAAGACCAAGAGAUUCAGAACCGCCUGCUGAGUGAGAUAGAAGAGGCACUGCACGGUUUGGACAUCACUUCAGGGGAGUACUACGACACGGUGAUGACAAAAAUCUCGUACUUGGACGCCUGUAUCAAGGAAACACUGCGUCUUUACCCGCCACUAGUUCGUCUGGAGCGUCGAGUGAACACUGAUGGCUACAAUUUGGGUGGAGUUGAGCUGGAGAACGACCAACUGGUGACCAUAUCGGCAUUUUCCAUUCACCGCAAUCCCAAGUACUACCCGGAGCCGCUGACCUACAACCCUGAACGAUUCAUGCCAGAGAACAAGCACCUUCUGACGCCGUACACCUAUCUUCCGUUUGGCGUUGGCAGUAGAAACU